AUGUCGAAUUUAUCCAAACUUGAGUUUGUGGCAUUAGAUAUUUCUGAAAAGAAUUAUCUUUCAUGGGUACUCGCUGCUGAGAUUCACUUAGUUGCUAAAGGUCUUGAUGCCACCAUUACUCAGGGAAAUGAAGCAUCAAGCCAAGAUAAGGCGAAGGUUAUGAUUUUCAUUCGUCAUCAUCUUAAUGAGGGCCUGAAGAUUGAAUAUCUGAUGGUAAAAGAUCCACUUGAAUUGUGGAUUGAUUUAAAGGGGAGAUAUGACCACCUAAAGGCAACAGUAUUGCAAAGUACUCGUUAUGAGUGGAACCAUUUACAGUUUCAAGAUUUUAAGACCCAGCAACAUCGUGAAAAGGAUUUUCAGAAAUAUUCUGAAUUAAUUUUAUGUCUUUUGGUGGUUGAGAAACAUAAUGCUCUUUUAAUGAAAAAUCAUGAAGCUCGUCCUACUAGAGCUGCUCCAUUAAGGAGGCAAAUGUGGUGGAAGAAAAGAAAUAAAAGUGGUGCUUCCUCUUCUAAUGCUCGAGCUGAGUCACAUAUGACUCUUACAAAUGAUGAUAAGCCGGAAACAUCUCAGAAAUAUGAUAAGGAAUUGAAGCAAAAUUGGCUUUAA